AUGAGGCCCCCGCCGGGGACAGGAGCCAAAGCGCGCGGCGCGGAGCCGCCCGUCCCUCCCGCCUCCGAGCCCGGGUCUCGGGGACCCUGCGGGGAGACCGCGCGCGCCUGCGCCCCCCGACCCCUACUCAGGCGACCCGCCCCGGAGGACGGACGGCCGCCGCCGGCGUCUGCGGAGGGGAAGCGGGCCCCGCCCCCAACCGCCGGCUCCCAGGGCCGCCCUGCCCAGCCUCGGCCUCUGGCGCGGCCGCCUCUGGGGAGCCCAGAAGGGCCCGAACCCUACCAGGGAGGGUCGUCCCUGUCGCGGGGCCCUAUGAGCGCAGACGCUCCUUUUUCUCCGAGGAAGCGGGGCACGAACGAGGCCGAGGGCAGGUGCCACGGCGGGGCGGAGAUCCCCAGGCCGGCUCGCUCGGGCCCCCCUGGGCCUGCCUUCCCGCGGGCCGGCCGCCUGCGGGGCAGCCGCGCGCAAUCGGGUCCCGCUAGUGCGGACCCGGGCUGGGAAGUGGGGACACAGAAAGCCCCAAACGCGCCGCCGGAGCAGCCCAGCCCCGUCCGCAGCAAGGGCGACCGCAGAACUCCCGCCCAGCCCGGGACGCAGGGGGCUCUCCAAGCCGCGACCUGCCGCAGGGACCUGCGGCGCCAGCCCCCCGCCGCCAACUGCACAAAACGAAAACGGGCCCUGGAGAAGCGCGGCGGGAGCGGACGCCAGGCCCCCGCACAGGGCCACAAGGGUCGCCUUCUUCCGCGGCACCAAAGGGCUGGCGGCCGGCGCGGAACGGGACCGUCGUUGCUAACGAGUGCGCCAGGCCCGGGACAGGCCGGCCCUGUGCGCACAGCCCCGCAGCCAGAAACGGCCGCCCACGUGCUCACACUCGGGCACGCGAGCAGCGGACGGCGGAUAACAGCGGUGGCCGUCACUUGUUAA